AUUUAAUAGUCAUUUUGGACUAUAAGUAUACUAUUAUAUUUAGUUUUAGUAAUUAUAAAUUGUUAAAAUGAAGUUCCUGCUCAUAUUAGUAGCAAUAUUUAUUGUAUUAAUUAGUAAAACUAAUUGUUUAAAUAUCGAUGAAGACUAUUCAUCGGAUGAGACAAAUACUAAUCUAACGGACAGCGAGUCCGAUGAUAACCACGAAGACGAUCGAUGUUCUGAGGACGAGAUAAUUGAGAAAUUCAUAGAAAUACUGACUCCCGAAGACUACUCAGAAGGCAAAGACAAGAUUAAGUACACAAAGAAUUCAUUCACUGAACAAAUGGCAGCAAUGAGUCGUUUGGGAGUUUACGGCCAAAACGUCAGUCGAAAGACCGAAGGGUUUAAUAAAAGGAUUUCCAACCGUAUGUCCGAAGCGUUUAUGUCCAUUAAUUUGGAGCCGAGUUGUAUGCGAUCUUUGAUGAGGAUUCAGAGCGCUGGCAAGAAUGGGGAGCUUUGGGCCCUUAAGUUUUUCGACGCCCAGCCCUCAUUCCAGAUGACAGUAUUCGAGUUGGGUGGCCCCUCUCUGGGCAACUACGACCAGUGCCUAAGCAUUGAAAGUCCAUCAGAAGAAGAUCAGCCGGUAAUAAAAGGUCAAUAUUGCGGAAUCGAUACCAAUUGGAUAUUAGAUAUAAAAAGGGGUGACAUUCAAGACUAUAACACAAUGGGAAAUAUAGCCAAUUCAUCGGAAGCGGGCAAAAACCUAAUGUAUGGAAUGUUUGGCUCUUAUGUGCCAAUUGUUAUAUCCCGGGGUAACAAACAUAACUCGGACAUUACCCUUGAAUUUCUGCCAUAUGCCCUCAAAAAAGAUACCAAGAUAAUAAACGGCUACUGUUUGCCUACCACUUGUAAACCUGAAGACCUGUCCGAUGCACUCAAUGAAAACAAACCAGUUAAAUUGGAUAAACAGCAAAUAAUUGCCAUGUAUGCUUCGGCCGAUUUCCAGUUGUACGCGUUAUCACCGAUAGCACUACUGGUGCUCUACAAGUCUCCCAAAUGGGGUAUCCUCUGGAAUGUCUUAAUCCUCAUGUUUGGCAUUUCCAUCCCUCUUAUAAUCCGCUAUUGGUUUCAAAUUCCACAUAUUUAUGAAGGCUUUUCAAGCAAUGACACCCAAAUGAAUCUGUCUGCCUGGACCUAUCAGUACUGGUCAUGUCUGCCAUACAUCCAGACUUAUAUCAUAGGCUUUUUGACGGCGUAUGCCAUUAGAAAGUAUCCGAAGGCAUACUUAGGCGGACGGAGCCGGUUAGUGACCAUCACUUGUGAUAAAUAUAUAAACGGAUAUGAGCUACACGUCUACCUAAUUGUUCACAAAGUGUUUUAUUUGUCUGGUUUUGUGUGGCUUUUCUAUGCCUGCGCUACGGGUAGAGCCGCGUUCAUAAACAAAGUGAUGGGUUGGAAAGGGUUCAAAAUGAUUGAGAAUUUGGUACUUGAGAUAUAUAUCCUGCACAUUUUCUUAAUUACGUACAGAAUCGGUACAUUGAGGGAACAGGUCACUUAUAAUGAUUAUUAUAUCUGGACAAACACUGUGACCGACUUUUUCCUAACAUAUUUGGCAUCAAUAGUGAUGGGAAUCCUUAUAACAAAACCUUUCGCCGCAAUGACUAAUGAUUUACUGAAAGGAUCCAAAAGACCCCAAAAGAGUCCGACAGUUGUCGACAAUAAUGGAGACAAAUACGACUCAAACGCUCUGAAGAUUGAUAUCUCAACUGAUAAUAAGCAUAGAGUUAUCCAGCAAAUACCGAUAGUGUAA